UAUGAAGUGAUUAACAAUGACUAUUACUGUUCUAGAUUGUCGCUAUGUGCGCCUUCGCGGCUGUAGCCCAGGCUGGUCUCCUGGUUGAACCGCACUACUCCUCGGCCGCGGCCGUCUCCUCGCAGAGCAUCGUGCGCCACGACCAGCCCCAGGCCGUGGCCCAAAAGCUGGUAGCUGCCCCCGUCGCCUACCACGCCGCUCCUGCUCACGUCGCCUACCACGCCGCUCCUGCUCACGUCGCCUACCACGCCGCUCCCGCUCCCGUGACCUACCACGCUGCCCCCACCCCAAUCGCCUACCAUGCUGCUCCUGCCGCUGUUCACUACGCCGCCCCCGUCGCUAAAUUUGUUGCCCACUACGAGGAAGAAAUUGCUCAUCCCAAAUACGAGUACACUUACUCCGUGGCUGACGGACACACCGGCGACAACAAGUCCCAGCAGGAGACCCGCGACGGAGAUGUCGUGAAGGGCUCUUACUCUUUCCACGAGGCUGACGGCUCCAUCCGCACCGUGGAGUACACCGCUGACGACCACAACGGCUUCAACGCGGUGGUGCACAACACCGCCCCCACGAACGCGCCCGCCGUUCUCAAGGCCGCUCCCGUCCUAGUUAAGGCUGCACCCGUCUAUGCCGCUCCCGCCUACUACCACAACUAAGUUACAUAUUGAAAUUUAUACCAAAGAGAUAAACUGGCAGCAGUUAGUUGUUGAAUAUUUAUUUAUUUCA